UCAGAUACCGUACUUCGUCUCGACCAUAACUCAAAUGUGACUAAUUAUUUCGGAAAUUAAAACGCGUGUUUCAAACUUUCUGAAACUCUUCGAAAUUGAAUUUUUAAUUUUGAUUCUUGUCCACUGCAUGAGUCAAAAUGACGGAACGGCUCGGCUCCGUGAACCCCACUAAACCGAUAAAUGUAGCAGAAGCUGCCCAAUUAGCUGUUCGACAGAAAAACUUUAACCGAACUUGUUGCAACAUGUGUCACAUCAAACUAGGAGCAGCGUUUCUUGGAGUUAUUGAAGCGAUAAUUGCAGUUUCGGUACUUAUUGGAGCAGUACAACAAGUGUUAUGGAAGAAUCAGCAUUCAUCAUCAUGUGCAAAAAACAUAUUCCGGGAUUGUCUGAUAUUUCAAUUCAAUCAUUUCAACGUCACACUCAUUUUCGAUUACGUUGUUAUACUAAUGAUGGUUCUAAUUUUAUUCUCCGUUCUCUGUUUAUUUUGCGGAGUAGCGAGUGAUACUUCUUGCUUGAUUUUACCGCAUAUUGUUGUUCAAGCAGUCUUUCUGUUAUUCUCUGUUGGUUAUUUUGUACUUUAUGCAUUUUCAUAUUUUUAUGGUGACCUAAUAGUUCAUCAUCGAUCGUUUAUGAUUCAAUCAAUGUUCGAACGUAUGUGGUUGGCCAGUUUGUUACUAGUGCUCGCUGCAUUACAAAGCUAUUUGUUUUCCUCAGUGAUCCGAUGUAGCUUAUACUUGGCCGACAUAGAAGACAACCGACGCCGUCGAGAAUCUGCAUUUGAAAGAUGCAGUGAACGGGUUCGAAUAGCAAAAGAAAAUGGAUUAUGGAGAACGACAAGCUGGGGUGGUGGAUUCCAACAGUACAAGGGACAAUAUGAUCAUCCAAAGAAAGAAGUGAAAAAUAAAGGAUUUCAUGUGCAAUGGAACACUGAUGUUGAAGCUGGAAAACGUGAAAGCGUAAAAAAGGAUACUGUCGAACUGGCAAGAAUUGAAUCCCUUGAAACACCACCAUUAAGCCCGAUUCCAGAAGAUGAAAUUAAAGAACCAUCUCCAUCAAAAACGAAUCAAAAAUUGAAUCGAAGUAAUUCAAGAUCAGAAGAACGACGAGGUUCGACUAAUUCCACAGUAUCCCAUCGUGUAAAUAGAGGAUUAUCUGAAACCCCGAAAAAAGAGAAACAACCAAGAUCUGUAAAAAAGACAGCAUCUGAAGGGACGAGUAGAAUUGAAGAUGAUUUAAGAAGAAUGUCAUCUACAAAAGAACAUCAUCACAAAGAACAUAUUCAUCAUGCAGAAUCUAAAGAUUCACCAAAUAUGCCAAAAAGAUAUGCUAAAUUAAAAUCAAGUGAGAGUUCAAGAGAAUCUCAAAAAACCUCUGUCACUCGGCGACCUUCGCUGAAAAAGAAUAGAAGUGUUGAUAGCGGAGAUCAUUAUGACGAGGUUGCUGUGUUUUAUAAAGAAAAACAUCACAGGAGGAGAUCGUCCGAUCAUGGGCAGCCUGGAGGCCAUUCUAGAAGCAAAAUGAGUAGGUCACCUGAAAAAAAAGACAUUCCCAUCGUCAAAAAAGUUUCGAUAACAGCUUCAUCGGCUCCAUUUUGCUGAUCGUUUACAUCAACUAUUUUUUCAAUUCAUACCCUGAUCUCAAUUUCUGUACAUUUCUCGAUUUUAAUUUUUUUUUGAUCAUGACUCCGACGAGGUAGACACAAUUGUGCUCCGAUAACCAAAUUUUUUCCCACGAAGUUCAAAAUGUCUUUCUGUUUUGUAUUACUUUAGCAUUUUGUUAUGAAAACCUUAUUUUU